AUGAAAAUAAAGAAGCAACAUCGUAAGAAAAAGUAUCACCACACAUUUAAUAGAAAGCGCAUGCACAAUAAACUACGCAGUACUGGUCAAGUAAAAUGUAAAGUUAUCAAAGAAGCAUGGAACCACAAGAAGUCAUCCCAUCUAAACCUACGCGAAAUGGGUCUCGCAAAUGAUCCAAAUAAGGUUAUAGCAAUUCCAAAUUUUAAACAGGAACAAUUAAAGAUAGCAAAAAAGAUAGUGAAUAAUGGAGAAUCUGAAGAUGAAGUAGAAGUAGUAAAGAGGCCUCCGCGGAAGGUUAAAGUUGUUGAACAAUUAGAAGCAGAAGCAAAAGCACCAAGAGAGAGGAGAUUUAUGCUGCCCAAGGGACAAGUUGAAUUUAUCACAUACCUGUUAGACAAAUAUGGACAUGACUAUAAGGCUAUGGCAAGGGACAAAAAGAAUUAUUAUCAAGAAACUUGGAAACAAUUAAGAGCUAAAGUUAAAACAUUCAUGGGAAUACCCAAACAAUAUGGUGAAUACCUCAAGGCAAGAGGUUUACUUGAAAAAGAAUUGGAUGAAGAGGAAUUAAAGGAACAGGCAAAAGCACUUGUUAUGGAUGAUGAUUAA